GAUUCCCUUGCUUUGUUGAUGUUUGUCACCUGUUCCAGCACGGCGAUGGCUUCACGGAGUCUCGUGUUAAGUCUCUUGGUCUUAAUGACAGCCCCCACAGCCGAUGGCCAGGCACUGUGUAACAUCGCUAACAGACUGGCUCAGUUCUUCCCCAGAGCGUUCUCCAACCGUGUCACUACCCUGUGCAGGGCGUGGACUUCAGAAGCCAUUACAACUCAUAGUUUUUCUGGGGUCGGUAUCCAGUCCAGUGUUAGGGGAGGUGUAGGGGAAAACCUCCUCCCUGUUUACUCCCAGACGCCCCAAGUCUGUCGCAGCCCCGUGGUUAGGAAAGAGGUACGAACGCUGACAGACGCCGAGUGGCGACGUUUUGUGAACGCCGUUAUUCAACUGAAGCGCACCCCACAGGGACAGAGCAACGCUUACGAUGAGUUUGCUAUAAUCCACAAUGCCACCACUGCACCACAGGCACACUUUACAGCGAUGUUUUUACCCUGGCACAGAGAAUACCUCUUCCGAUUUGAGAACGCUCUGCGGCAAAUUGAUUGUAGCAUUGCCAUUCCUUACUGGGAUGUGACACUAGACGCCCCUCUGCCCGAGGGUCGGGAUUCCAUCCUCUGGACCGACUACUACUACGGCUCCAGUGUCGGUCCGGUCACUUCAGGCCCCUUCAGGAACUGGCGGAUCCCACCGGAAGUGGUGCAGUGGGUGGCUGACACCGGUGUAGAGAGAGGAGAGAACUUCAACUAUGGCGACAUCUUGUAUCGGACCUUGGGCACACAGGGCGGCGGCUUCUUCCCGAAUGAUAUCGUUCAGGAAAUCUUCCGAGCUCGGCGUUUUAGGGAGCUGACGUGGGCGGUGGACCCACUGCUGGAGGCAGUUCAUGCCGGGCCACACGUGUUUACCGGCGGACACCACGCUAUAUUGUUGUCGGCCUCAUUUGAUCCCAUCUUCUGGAUUUAUCAUUCGUUUAUAGAUUGUCUAUGGGAGGAAUGGAGACAGAACUACCAGCAAGCCGACCCUGAAACUGAUUACGUCACUCUGGACAGUGAACUAGCUUCUGACCAGGAGCUGGCCCCGUACGCACGUGCCAACGCCCCGAUGUUACCGUUUGGUCCUCCUCUACGAAACAGCGACGGUCUACGCAAUAUCUACACACAGAGAUAUUACAGAUGUGCCAGGAGACCCACGUGUUCGGCAAACUCUCUGGACUGUGGCUCCUCCUAUCUAUUCUGCGACACGAGGUCCUACAGCUGUGUGUCUCAGAUCCAGCAAGGGGGCAAUUGCACUGGGUUUGAAGGAAAUUCCCGUGCGUGCUUCAGCUCCGUCUGUUGUAAUGGCGUGUGUUCUGCGUCAUGUGGACCUCCCCCUCGUGAGCCUGCCCCUGCCCCGGGGACAGACUGUGACAGAACUGGGUGUAAAAUAAACGCUAGGGACGAUUAUAAUCGCCAGAGAACUUCAAAUAAUAGACCACCGACAUUUAUGGACCACAUUCGUCGUUUAGAUAAUUUUGUGUCUAAUUUGGAAAGAAGAAUCUUUUAAUGCUCGCAAUUUCGUUUUUAUAACCGGUAUGUGAAUUUUUUGUUUGUUUGAUGUUUUGAUUUUGAUAAAUAAAUAAAUAAAUAAAUAUUUCACGUGAAAUUAUAAUGUCUAAUUCAUAUCUGUAAUGUAACUUAUAAAACGUGAAUGGUGUAUCGAGAUGAAAUAAAAUUCUUCAUUUUGUUA